AUGGAAGCUCCAAAGAAGUACAAAGAGCCACGAAAGCCAUUUAGGAACACAGCCUUCAGCAAUGAAGUAUGCGACUCAGAUGAAGAAAAAGGGAAUUUGAACCCUGAAUUCGGCUUCGGCAUUCGUCAUGUACAGAUGAUAUGCAUGUCUUUCUGCAUGAUAGCUUUGUACAUGGCACGCAGCAGUCUCGGAGUCGCGAUUCUGGCCAUGACCGAUGUUUCUAGAAAGAAUGAUACUAACGUUGAGGUUUACAACUGGGACAAGAAGACUCAAGGUCUAAUAUUGUCAUCGUUCUUCUGGGGCUACAUGACUAUGCAGAUACCAGCUGGACUCCUCGCAAAGAAGUAUGGAGGAAAACCAAUACUGCUGGUCGCAUUGUUAGCAAAUGGGUCACUUUGCGUGCUGUUGCCCACGCUCGCUAGUUUGGGAGGUUGGCCGAUGAUAUGCCUCUGUCGAGUACUCAUGGGCUUAACGCAAGCUUGCCUCUUUCCAGCCAGUCACACGCUCCUGGGAAGAUGGUUACCAGCAAACGAACGUACUACCCUGGCUGGCGUUGUAUACGGAGGAGCACAAAUGGGUACAAUCAUAGCCAUGCCGGUAUCAGGAGUUUUGGCAGAAACUGCAAUGGGCUGGAAGUUAAUCUUUUAUGCUACGGGAGGAUCUAUGUUUGUCACUGCUGGACUCUGGUUCUGGUUUUCGGCCAGCUCUCCCGAAGAACAUCCAAUGAUGUCUGAAGAAGAGAAAUAUUAUAUUGAAAUGGGGUUGAAUAUGAGUACGGCCUUUCACAGGGGCAACCGCCCGACACCAUGGAAAGAGAUGCUUAAGACAGGGCCACUGUGGGCCAUCACGGUCUCGCAUAUCGCCAACACCGUCGCUUUCGUGCUAUUUUUCGUCGACUUGCCAACGUACUUGGAAAUGGCCAUGCAAAUAUCUCUGAAGAAUAGUGCUCUUCUAUCAGCGCUACCCUAUUUCGGUAUGUGGGUUGGCAGUAUUGCCUCUUCAAUUAUUUGUGAGAAGAUAUACAACAGAGGUUUACUUUCCAUCGGCGCCUGUAGGAAGAUAUUCAAUUCUUUGGGAUUAUUCGGGACGGGUGCGGGAUUAAUUGUCUUAGCUUUUAUGGGGCCAGAACACAAGAAUAUAGCUAUCGCAACUGUAGUUGCAUUACUUACUAUGUGUGGUUGCACUUCUGCCGGCUUCAUGGUAAAUCACUUGGACCUGUCUCCACACUUUGCCGGCGUGAUGCUCUCUAUAACCAACUUCGCCGGUAGUAUCGGCAGUAUACUAACGCCGGUUGGCACUAGUCUUAUAUUACGUAAUGAUUCGUCGGACAUCUCAAGUUGGCGCAUCGUAUUUCUAGCAACCUCGGCCAUUUGCGUCACUGCCAACAUCAUUUACCUGAUAUUCGGCAGUGGCGAGAGGCAGCCCUGGGAUCGUCCUGAUUGGGGAAACAGAAAUAAAUCAGAUGCAGAGUAUCCCAGUUUCAGCGCCCUGGUUACAACUGAAGAGGUGUUCUACGGCGGUCAGCUCUAG